GUCAAGGUCAACAUAGCUGACAUAAACCUGAUAUGUGGAUCAGAGAUGGUUUUCGUGGAGGACAUGGGCAUAUUCAAGACUCUUUUAAGAGAACAGUUCUCCUUUAUGUCCCAGUCAAGAGAAAGAGGAACCAAGCCCUGUGUGAAAAACUUGGUCCCGAGUCCAUGUGGUCUGAGAAGAGAAUGAAAGUUUUUUGCAAUAAGUUUUGAUGAUGGUCUAUCUUCAGUUGGCCCAUAUCAAAAGAGCUGCUGUUAGAGGAGGAAAGGCUGACAGGGUAACACUCAAAAUUAUUUGAAGUCCAACUCACAUUUGGAACUCACCAGACUUCAGAUUUUAACUCUUCUCCAGAUUAAUUCUCUUGGCCAACUUUUGGGUUCCAUGGAUUUUAUCUAGAUAGACUCAGAACAGAACAACUUUCACAGAGCUAUGACUUUAUGAGGAGGACGACUGAGCACAUGCUGUUUUGUCAACCACCAACAGUGUCAGCUAGAGGGAAAGUGAAGAGUCACUGUGCCUGCCUUCAGACACAGAUGACCUACAGACUCUACAGGCAAACAAGUUAAGGAAUGAGCUCAGCUACAUCUAAACAUAGGGGCCCGAGACACUGUUUUAGAAGCUAACACCUUCUCCUGAAGCCAGUGACUAAGGGAAAGAGUCCAACGCCCAGAAGAGAAACCUCUUCCUCUCCAUGUGGGGAACCUUAGCUAGAAACCUUGUGACAAGCUCCAGUGCACACAUCCUGCCUCUUGUGCCUGCUGCAGGGCUUCUGCUCUGACCAGACCUGGUAAGGUUGCUGGAGCCUGAGUCAUGUCACUUCAUCCAGUUAUCCUGCUGGUGCUUGUGCUGUGCCUGGGAUGGAAAAUUAACACACAGGAGGGUUCUCUGCCUGAUAUUACCAUCUUCCCUAAUUCAAGUCUUAUGAUCUCCCAAGGGACUUUUGUAACUGUUGUGUGCUCAUACUCUGAUAAACACGACUUGUAUAACAUGGUCCGCCUGGAGAAGGACGGCAGCACCUUUAUGGAAAAGAGCACUGAGCCUUAUAAAACAGAGGAUGAAUUUGAGAUUGGGCCAGUGAAUGAAACCAUUACUGGACAUUAUAGCUGUAUCUAUUCGAAGGGGAUUACCUGGUCCGAACGUAGUAAGACGCUGGAGCUAAAGGUGAUCAAAGAAAAUGUCAUCCAGACUCCUGCCCCAGGUCCAACCUCAGAUACAUCUUGGCUAAAGACAUACAGCAUUUACAUUUUUACUGUGGUCUCUGUGAUUUUCCUCCUUUGUCUUUCCGCCCUUCUGUUCUGCUUCCUCAGGCACCGUCAGAAAAAGCAGGGACUCCCAAACAACAAAAGACAGCAGCAGAGGCCAGAAGAGAGGCUAAAUCUAGCUACUAAUGGCCUGGAGAUGACUCCAGACAUAGUUGCAGAUGACAGGCUUCCUGAGGACAGAUGGACAGAAACCUGGACCCCAGUUGCAGGAGACCUUCAAGAGGUGACGUAUAUCCAGCUGGACCAUCACUCCCUCACACAGAGGGCAGUCGGAGCUGUGACCUCACAGAGCACAGAUAUGGCUGAGUCCAGCACAUAUGCAGCCAUCAUCAGACACUGAGCCUGGGCACACCUGGAGACACACAUGGAAAAGCCUGAAGAAUCCACUAGGGCCUUCUUUUGGGAUCAGCCUGGUGUGGAAAGCUAGGUCCCUGUUCCCCAUCCAGAUGAUGAAUUGUAUAUGUGUUAGUAUCAUCACUUAGGAAGACUAUAUUGCAAUAACUUUCAGAGCCCUAGUUACACUUACCUAGCUAUUUCCAGAGACACAGUUAUAGCUCUUUUAGCUGUUUCUUCAGACCCAUCCACGUCCCAUAUUAUUUAAUGAAUAGCACUGUAAUUGUCCAGCUGCCUUUACAUCCCCAGUUGUGUAAUGAGCCCAGUGAACCCUAAAGGCUUCCUUGGAUCUCCCUGCUGACUCUGACUGGGAUGUACUCAUGCAGCUGAAGGCUGAGUCCCUUCUCAGUGCCAGGCCUUAUGGAGUGCAUCAUGGGUAUUUUUGAAGAUGGAGCAUCUACAGUCCAUGUGGGUCUUGGAAUACAGACUGUAAGGACUCAAACUCUGUUUUCAUUGUUAUCCAAAGAUGAGUGGAGAAAUGAAGGCUACAAAAGGGUGCAUAUAAUUCCCUUUUCUUUAAAAUAUAUGUUUAAUUGACCAAGAUUGUGCAUACUCAAGUGUGAACUAUCAGAACUCGGUUUGACAUUGUGUAUGUAGCCAUUAUCACAAAUACUCAACACAACUGCCACUGGAUGACUUGAACAUAUUCACUGAUGAUUGAACUUUGGGUUGGUGUUUCUUGAUGGUAUGUGUUGAUCAGGAUUGGAAGAAAAAGGAGCACUGAAAGGGAAAGGCAGGCUGAGGGUGGGUAGAGGGAGGUGUUCUAUCUGUGUACACCUAUACUCAGUGAUACACUGGGAGAUACACAGAUAUGAAUACGCACACAAACAUAUGUACACAAGUAUAUUAGUGCACAUGGAGUGGAAGAACACUGAAUCACUGUGAGAUUAUAUUUGUCAAUAUCUCUGCUCCAUACCCCUUACCUGGAGUCAGAUUCAGUGAUCCCAUACCCAUGCACAUAUAGUCAGCACUAGUUAGACUCAGAGACAGAUCAGCAACAACAACAGUGGUAACAGUAAUAACUUCAAACAGGACAUACCAGGACAUGGUGGCACACACCUUUAAUCCUGCUACUUAGGAGACAGAGGCAGAUGGUUUUUGUGAGUUCUAGACCAGCCUUGUGUAUGUAUCAUGUUCCAGGCCAGCCAGGGCUGCACAGUGAGACCCUGUUUCAAAAAAUAGCUGAAACUACCCCAAAAGACAUGAAGUCCAGCAUGAGACAAAUCCUACAACGGUAGGACCCAAAGGGAGUUUGGUAGAGGUAUUGGAGAGGGUCAUUUCCAAACAUUGAUUUUUCACUUUUGUGAAAAUUUCAGAAAUAAAUUUAAAAUAUUAGUUAAAAAAGAAAAAUACUCAUAUGAACUUACAAAAAUUGAAGCAGCAAGCACAGGCUCUGCACAGGUUUGCACCAGGUUCUGUAUAUAUAUUGUGACUUCCAGUUUAGUUACUUAUGGAACUCUUGAGUGUGUGAACAAAUGGAUCUCUGAUUCUCUGUCUUCUUGUGGGCUCCUUUUCCUUCUGCUGGUUUGCCUUAUCUGACUUUGAUGUGGUGUUUUUUGUUGUAACUUAUUAUAAGAAGAUAAAAGAAAAGAAAAAUACCCAGAGGACCACUAGGGGGAAUGAGAGUGUCUCAUUUUGAUGGUCAAAAUAAACAUGGCUGCAGAAAAAACAAAAACAGAAACAAAAAACAACAACAAAAAAACCCAACCAACCAUCACCAAAAACAAAGAUCCCCCAACUCCCAAACCUGAUUGUUAAAACAAUGCUUUCCUAAAAAAUGCCCAGUAAGAAAUCCUCUCACAAGGAGAAAAUUGGAUGGUGUCACUCUGGUAGGAUACAGAGAGGCAGACUUACUGACAUAUACACAUGAAGACAUAACCAGCAUGGGAGAGAUAGCUUGAUGAUUAAGAGCACUGGCUACUCUUGUAGAAGCCCUAGGAUCAAUUAUCAGCACCCACCUUGUGGUGCACAAUCACCUCUAACUCCAGCUCUAGAGGAUUUGACACAUUUUUUUUUAAGAAACCAUUUUAUUUCUAUGUCCUUUAGUAGUAUUUAGGUUUCCCAUAUAUCUCUUGCAUAUCUAGUCUCAGGUUCAUGGUCCUGUGUACAGUGUCAGGCAUGGGUACCAGUUCUUUGAGUGCCAAUUACAUAUUGGUUGGUUAGUUCUAGAAGCUUUGUAUCACUAUUGUACUAGUCCUUCUUGUAGGCAGGUACAUUGUAGAUUCAAAGGUUUGUAAUCAGGUUGGUUUUUACCUUUCUUCUUUUGUAGUGUGCACUGUACCUCAUAGUACUCUGAACACUUGUCCGUAUGGGUGAAGGCUACAGGUCAUCUCUUGCUCAACUUCUCCAUGUUCAAUGAAUUUUGAAGGUGUGGUGUUCUGAACUAAUACACUGUAGUCAAUUUGUAAAGAGCAACUAAUAGCUUUGGAAAGAGACUUGGUGGUUUGGGGGUUCCCAUGGCCAACACAUCAAAUAGAUGUAACCCAUUUCCAGAAUGGGAGGCAGAAAACUAUAUAUGUAAUAAAUAAAUAAAUCUUUAAAGAAGGAGGAGGAGAA